AAAUUGAUUGGUUAGAAUACAUCACAUGCAAUUCAAAGUCUUUCUUAUUGGUUGAGGACUUGAGGUUGUCUUAGAAUUCCUUUCCAUUUCAACUCUUUUCUCGUCUCAAUAAUCACAAUUCACAAUAUCAUUUUUCAAGUACUCUAUAUAAAAAGCACAAAUCUCAAACAACUUAUAAAAUAAAAAAUUAAAAAUAAAAAUGUACUUAUAAUUAAUCCUUGUAAGAAUUCAUUUCUUCUUCGAUUUUCUCUCUCAACGAUCCAAUUCAUAUUGGAUUUCUGUAUCCUUAAAUUUUUCCCAAUUCAAUUCAAUUUCAAUUUCAAUUUCAAUUUCAUCCAUAAACCCUAAAUUUGAACUUCGAAAAUCAAUCAACAAUGGCGUGUAUAAAGAGCGUGAACAGAUCGGCCUCGGUAGCGAUGUCACCGGAUUCACCAUACUUUGCUGCAGGAACAAUGGCGGGUGCUGUCGAUCUAUCAUUUAGUACAUCGGCAGAACUUGAGAUUUACAAGCUUGAUUUUCAGUCGGAUGAUCAAGAAAUUCCUUUGAUUGCUCAAUGUACUAGCUCCGAAAGGUUUAAUCGUCUUUCUUGGGGGAAAAAUGGAUCCGAUACGGAUGAGUUUUCCAUGGGAUUGAUUGCUGGUGGUCUUAUUGAUGGCACUAUUGGUCUUUGGAAUCCUUUGCCUUUGAUUCGUUCUGAGACAGAUGGUAAUGCAUUUGUUAAACAACUGGCACAACAUAAAGGGCCUGUUCGUGGUUUGGAAUUUAAUCCCUUAACACCACACUUGCUUGCUUCCGGAGCUGAUGAUGGAGAAAUACGCAUAUGGGAUAUGAAAUCUCUAGCAGAGUCUACCAAUUUCCUUCAUCUUCGGGGUAAUGGUGCAGCUACUCAAGGUGAAAUCUCAUACUUAUCUUGGAAUAGGAAAGUCCAACAUGUUUUUGCUUCCACCUCAUACAAUGGUUUGACUGUUGUUUGGGAUUUGAGGAAGCAGAAGUCAGUUAUCAGCUUUUAUUCAGAUUCAAACAGAAGGCGUUGCUCUGUUUUGCAGUGGCAUCCUGAUGUGGCAACUCAGCUUGUUGUUGCAUCAGAUGAUGAUAGUUCACCUUCUCUGAAGCUGUGGGAUAUGCGUAAUACUAUGUCACCUGUGAGGGAGUUUGCAGGACACUCAAAAGGUGUAAUAUCAAUGGCCUGGUGCCCCAGUGAGAGCUCCUACUUACUUACUUGUGCUAAAGAUAACCGUACAAUUUGCUGGGAUAUCAGUUCUGGAGAGAUGGUUUGUGAAUUGCCUGCUGGAACUAAUUGGAACUUUGAUGUACACUGGUACCCAAAGAUACCCGGGGUUAUUUCUGCGUCUUCAUUUGAUGGGAAAAUUGGCUUUUACAAUAUGGAGGCUUGCAAUCGUUACGGGAUUGCAGAAACUGAUUUUGCUGCAGCACCUUUGAAGGCUCCAAAAUGGUAUAAUCGACCAGUGGGUGUUUCUUUUGGUUUUGGCGGAAAGCUUGUUUCAUUUCACUCUAAGGCAGCCUCUGCUGGUGCUUCAGGUGGAACCUCAGAGGUCUAUGUCCAUAACGUGGUAACAGAAGAUAGUUUGGUGAGUCGUUCAUCUGAAUUUAAAGCUGCCAUCCAAAAUGGAGAAAGAUCCUCUCUUAGAGUUCUAUGUGAUAGGAAAUCACAAGAAUCUGUGUCUGAAGAUGAUAUAGAAACUUGGGGCUUCUUGAAAGUUAUGUUUGAAGAUGAGGGAACAGCGAGGUCAAAGCUUUUAGCGCAUUUAGGUUUCAGUGUGCCAGAAGAAGUGAAAGAGAGUGUUCAAGAUGAUUUAUCGCAGCAAGUCAAUGCCUUUGGGCUUGAAGACCAUGAAGCAGAGAAGCCAGCCUCUGUUUCUGUGCAGGAAACUACUCCCAAGUUUUUUGACAAUGGAGAAGACUUUUUUAACAACCUUCCUAGCCCUAAAGCUGAAACUCCUGUAUCAAGUGCAAGCAACAACUUUGUUGGAGAAGCUGCUCCUACUGAGGAGCCGAGACAACCAGACGCCGAUAUUCUAGAGGAGAGUUCUGAUCCAGAAUUUGACGAUGCCGUUCAGCGUGCCUUGGUAGUUGGGAACUACAAAGAGGCGGUUACCUUAUGCAUAUCUGCAAAUAAAAUGGCUGAUGCUCUGGUGAUUGCUCAUGUUGGUGGUGCUUCAUUAUGGGAAAAAACACGUGAUCAGUAUCUGAAGACAAGUCGCUUGCCUUAUCUCCAGGUUGUUUCUGCAAUGGUGAAUCAUGACCUCAUGAGCCUUGUGAACACAAGACCUCUCAAGUCAUGGAAGGAGACUUUAGCUCUUCUUUGCACUUUUGCACAAGGAGAAGAGUGGACUUUGCUUUGUGAUGAGCUUGCCUCCAAACUCUUGGUUGCUGGUAACACGUUGGCUGCUACUCUUUGUUACAUCUGUGCUGGGAAUAUUGAUAAAACUGUGGAGAUAUGGUCACAAUGCCUAUCAGCAAAGGCCGAGGGAAAACCAUAUGUUGAUCGUCUACAAGAUUUAAUGGAAAAGACAAUAGUUUUUGCCUUAGCCACUGGACAGAAGCGGUUUAGUUCAUUCUUGUGCAAGCUAGUUGAAAAAUAUGCUGAAAUUUUGGCCAGUCAAGGGCAGUUGUCCACAGCAAUGGAAUUUCUGAAGUUUUUGGGGGAGGAUAUAUCUCCUGAGCUUGUCAUCCUAAGAGAGCGCAUUACAGUUUCUUCACAGCCUGAGAAAGAAGCUGAACAACCAACUCCUUUUGAGACUUUGCAAACACCAUCAGUAUCUCUGUAUGGUGCAGAUUCUGGCAGUUAUGGUGAUGGUUCUCAAUCGUAUUACCCAGGUACUGGAACUAGUCAUGUCCAGCCAACUCCUAGCUCUGGUCAUUAUGGUGGAAAUUAUGCACAGCCCCAUUCUUAUGACGGAGGAUAUGCAGCUCCCACACCUUAUCAGCCAACGCCACCUGCUGCCCAGAUGUUUGUUCCACCUCAACCACAACAGGUUCCCCAGCAGAGCUUCACUCCUCCAGCAGUCAGUUCUCAACCUCCUCCGAGGACAUUUGUCCCAGCUUCUGCUCCAGUUUUGAGAAAUGCUGAGCAAUAUCAACCACCUACAUUGGGUUCGCAGCUUUAUCCUGGACCUACGAACCCGGGUUUCCAACCUGGGCCACCUGGACCUGGUUCACUUGGCUCUAUACCGCCUCAAGCAGCAGGUACCCCUCAAAGGAUGCCCCAAGUUAUGGCUCCUACACCAACCCCAAGGGGUUUUAUGCCAGUGAACAAUAUUGGUGCUGUUGCUCAAAGACCUGGGAUGGUUUCUAUGCAACCAUCAAGUCCAACUCAACCUGCACCAGUGCAGCCUGCUGUUGUACCUCAAGCUCCCCCACCAACUGUGCAAACUGCUGAUACUUCAAGCGUGCCCGCACACCUGAAGCCUGUUGUAGCAACAUUGACAAGAUUAUACAAUGAGACUUCAGAAGCGCUUGGAGGAGCUCGUGCAAACGCUGCCAAGAAGAAAGAAAUAGAAGAUAAUUCGAGGAAGUUAGGAGCUUUGUUCAAAAACCUAAACACUGGAGACAUAUCUAAGAAUGCUGCUGAUAAGCUCAUUCAACUCUGUCAAGCAUUAGAUAAUGGUGACUAUAGCACUGCUUUACAGAUCCAGGUACUCCUCACUACAAGUGAAUGGGAUGAGUGCGGCUCCUGGCUAUCAAAUCUGAAGAGAAUGAUUAAAUUGAGGCAGAAUGUUAGGUUGUGAGUUUUAUACAGCAGUAUGAGAACAUCGUCUUUGUUUGAUAUUUACAUUGUCGGACUGUGAUUCCCCAUCCAUGUACACAAGACCUCGUACUCCAUAUAUUCGGGAUAUGAGAGCUCUUUUUCCGUCUUUUACAAUUCGAUAGGUCUUAAACUGAGCCUUUUGACUGUUAUUUCAGUGUGUUUAUUUUGUCUGAGGCAGGUAGAAAAGUAGAUAUCAGGUCUUCAGUACACUUGUUCAGAUUGUUUUGCCUCUCAAAACAUUUUGUAGUAUUAGAUUCAAUUACAUCAAAAUAUUGUAUUACUCAUUUUCUU